GUUGGGUUUUUCAAAAGUGCUUGUUUCAACUUGGUAGGGGCAACCUGAUCAGGGGGGUAGGUUAACAAAGUCAGGGAAUUCAGAGAUGAAGGCCUGGUUAACUUACCCUGCAGGCAACUUAGUCAGAGGGGGUCGGGCAACCUGAUCAGGGGUAGGCAAGUUAGGUCAGGCUGUGAGGCAGCCUGGUUGGCGGGUUGACCGACCUUGUAACGGGUCAGUUAGAAGAAACGCCACUCUGGGUACUAAGAAUUUUUUUGCGGCCUGCUUGACUGUCAUGUGAAACUGUGUGUGAAUCUUGUCUCAUUUACAUACGACCAAUAUUGUGUGUACUUGUGUGUGACAAGUGUGCAAAUCUCCGCAGUUACCAGGUCACCCUAACAUCAUCUGUCACGGAGUGAAAGCUAUAGAAAAUAGCGUUAUUAUUCAGUGUGACUUUGACUGCACGACUGGCGAAAGUUUAUACCCGCUUGUGAGCACUAAGCUAAAGGCGAAUAUUUCAUUUGUGCUUGUUUUCCUUAGAUCAGCAAGAGAUUCCUUAGACAGAUGGCUCAACCGUUUGACAAGGAGGAUCAGCUUGGCUUAUCACUUCUAACUGUUGAACAAGUGGAGUCUGAAGAGUUUCAGAAACGAAUUCUACAGUCAGCUGUUGCCUAAUUCUGUAAGAGAGGAUACUUACCUUCAACUUGAGGAAACUUCCGUUACAAGCGACCUUCAUUUCUGACGUUGAUGGACCUCAAAACGCACAUUGUAUCUUCACGAAUACAAUGAUAUAUAGCAAAUGCAAUAGAAGAAGCGUAAAUGGUUCAAAGCAGAGAAGCCUUCACGUACUACACUGGGCUAGGACUUGAUUAUAGUGAGGAUGAAGGCCAGCUAACAACACGCUCCUAUCCCCUUCUGCAAUACGAAAUGAUGAAUGCAAAAAAAUAAAAGUAUAAUGGACGAAAAGCAGCAGCCAAAAUAGUCAAGGCAGAGUGAAAUUUGUAGUUCGUCCCUGAGGGACAUGUGAAAUGCUUCCAUGUCACCGUGAAUGAAGCUUAAAAGUUCUGACCGUUUUCUGUGUUGCUAAAUCGCGCAGACAACCUAUCAAAUAUAGGCCUGUCCUAAGUUGGAAAAAAACAUCCGACUUAUAGAUCAAGAAUAACUUUGUUAAAGUUUACAUUGUCACACGUAUGUUUGUUAUGGUUAUUUACUUAGCCUUGUGUUCAAAAAAUUGGUACCCAAGCAGUAUUGACAAUUUAAGAAAAGUUCCCUGAAGGAGACAUGUGUCAGUUAUUGUGCGGUUUGCACGCUGAACGUUUUACAUGUGUACCGUACAAGCUUACCUUGACUAACCCGUUGCAUUUAUUCAGUUUUGUAGCCUAUCAUGAUAUAAAUAAAGUUGUUUGUUCUUUCUUUCAGUAAACUGAUGAAAGUCAAUUAAAGAACUAAGAUUUGCUGGUGUAAUAUAUUUCCUCGACUACCUGUUCCUUUUUUUUCAUCGCCUCGAAAACGCCUCCAUGCAUUUCACUCAUUCAUUUAUUCCUGGGAGCUCACAAGUCAGCACCAGAGGAAUGGUCUUGUCUUUUGUACGCUAGGAUUUGCGAACUGCUCAAACCAGAAUUCCGUUAUCUUGGGUUUGCUUUCCGAUAACCUUGGCAUCACCUUCAUUGCUAUCUCCUGAUUUCAGGAAAGAUAAAACAGGUUGAGUUGUUCAAUAGGUUCUAGGCCUGCGAGCAGAGCAAAAAUGCAAACGGCGAAGCGCUCUUCACCAGACUCCUCUCCUCUUGCGGACGCUCUCGCGUGUGACUCAAAGGUUAGCCUAACCGCCGGCUAAAUAGGUUCUUACAUCGCUGCUGUCUCUGCCUUCUGUGAAAAAAACCAUUAUCAGAACCAUUAUUUGGACCUUCUGUAUCUUUUUCUUGCGAAUGUGUUCUUCCCGUACGCAGUUCGCAAUUACAAGAGUCCAUCGUACUUUGUACUAGUUCCAGCGACCAAGUUAUGUUAAAAUAAUCUUCCUUUUUUUGUACGCCCAGGUUUAUUAUUCAAAGAAAUACGGAAAUACAUCACUUAUCUCGGUGAGAUAAAAAAGUUCAUCGCGGAAUGCUAUGUUUGUGUUCUCAGUGUAACUAGACUUUGUGGUAAAUUAUAGGGAAAUAGUAAUCAAUCCGAAAGAACUGUUCGCGCACGAAGAGAGCUUGAGGGAACACGCGAAAGAAAAAAAAUACGGUUCUUUUUGCGCGUUCAACGACGUGAGAAAAAUUGCCGGACUCUACUGCCUCACAUUCUCCGUCACGCAGCCCGGCCCGUCACGCGUGAAUCUGCCAAGAGCGUGGCGUGUUCGUGGCGUGUGGGAAAGAUGUAAGAAUAUGAUUGGCCACUGGUGGUCAAGAGCGUCCGACCUUUGAGGUUGGCAAAACGACCGCGUCCGUCAACUUGCAAGAAGUCAUCAUUCGAAUUUAUUAAUACAGUUGAAUCAGAAUGUCUGACAAAGGCGACAAUCAAGCGGUACUAUCUGAAAUAACGGAGAAAACAGUUAAAAGACGUGGACGCGGAAAGAAAAGAACGCCAACGAAAGUUAUCAGAAAGUCUAAAAAGCGAAAACAGAAUGGGACAAUAGAAGAUUUGUUGGCAAGUGGUGAACCCCCUGUUCCUCCACAAGGAGUGCUUCAUCCUACACACUCGCUGCCACAGCCUCCAUGUACAGUGCCUCAACCACUACAAACAGUGCCACAGCCUUCACAUGUAGUGCCACAGCCUCUGCAUGCAGUACAGCUGCUUCCAAAUAUGAUGACUCAGACUCCACGUACUGUACCACCAACAGUUCCUCACCCUCCACAUUCAAUACCUCAGCCUGCACAUACAGUACCUCACCCUCCACAUACAUUUCCUCAGCCAGCACAUGCAGUACCUCAGCCUACACAAACAGCACCUUCCCUUUCACAUCAUGGUUCUAUUGAGGGUUCUUCACAUCCAUCAAGUGUCCAAUUUGCAGUGCCUCCCAAUUUCUUUCCUUCACCAAUGUUAAACAGCACACUGCAAACUCCUCUGCAGCAUGGUGUUCAGCCUUCUUUGACAGCCUCCCAGUCUUCCACCAUGAGCUUACUUAGUGCUCUUCAAGAUGACAAACUGGGACUGAUACUACCCAUGUUAGUGAGGAUGGAGCACAAGAUUGAUCAGCUUAUGGCAAUGAUGGGAUCUAAAUCAAAUACUGGAAUGACUGGGCUCGAAAUUGGAAACCAAUCAAAUGCCACAACAGCAGGAAGCCAGUCUAAUGCCACAACAGUGAGAUGCCAAUCAGCUGCCACAACAGUUGGAAACCAGUCAAAUGCAACAGCAAUGGGAAACCAGUCAUAUUCCACGGCGGCAGCCAAUCACAUCCAUCAGAAUGCUGACAUUAUAGGAAACCAGUUAAAUUCCUCUACGAGGGGAACCCAGAGAAAUGCAACCAUGAAUAACCAGACAAACACAAAUGUUGAGAAAACAGUUAAAAGACGUGGACGCGGAAAGAAAAGAACGCCAACGAAAGUUAUCAGAAAGGUAAAAAGGCAUAAGCUUGCAUUUGAACUUGUUUACAACAAUGGCUGCGACCAGGUCGCGGUAAAAAGCCUGGACCUGGACGCGCUUCAAACUUUCGCGGUUCCUUGA